CUCUCAAUAAAAAUGCACACAUUUUACGGAAAAAUUUUACAAACAAUUUUCCUAUGGAUUUCAAUAUCAAGUUUAGCAAUAAUAUCAAUUGUUGCCAUCGCUGACAAUGAUUUCAACGAUCGAAACUCAUUGACUAAAUCAACACAACAAUACUCGUAUGAUAUGCCGAUCCCAUCAAACGUUUAUCUUAAUAAAAGAUACUCUGAAUUUCUCGGUGGACCCGGAAAACGGUCAUACAAUGAUGACAACACCAACAACAAUGCUUAUGUAGUAUUACCGAAACGGUUGUCCGAGUUUCUCGGUGGUCCCGGUAAGCGAAUGUUGGCCACUAAUUAUAGGUUUGGCGGACAACAACAAAAGCGAUUGUCCGAGUUUUUAGGUGGACCCGGAAAGUAAUUAAAAUGUAAAAUGUGAG